AUGGAAAAGGAGAUACGUACCAACGUUAGGUAUGCCAAUACUUCUUCUGAAAUUUGGAAGGACCUGGGGGAGCGAUUUGAAAAGGAAGGGGCACCAAGGGCUUACGAAUUGAAACAGUUACUCAAUGUAAUGCAAAAAGGAGGUAUGUCUAUUUCCAAUUACUAUACCAAGUUAAGGUCUCUUUGGGAUGAAAUUCAGAUUGUCCUACCUACGCCACGAUGUGUGUGCGAUGGGUGCGAGUGUGCAAUUGGAAAACAGUUGAAUGAAGUGAAGGAGAAAGAGAGGACUAAUGAAUUCCUCAUCGGACUUGAUGACGAAUUUUCAGUCAUCCGAACCCAAGUCUUAGCCAUGAAACCAACACGCUCCCUUGCAACUACUUACCAACUGGUGGCGGAAGAUGAACAGUAG